AUCUCUCCGCUGCCUGGCCAGCAGUUCCUCCUCUACAAGCAACGUCGACCCACGCUAUUUAUAGAAUCUGCAUCCCCCCAUCACCCACCGCGCCUGCUUUCUUAAACCCUGAAACGCCGUCGCUGUUGGUUCUCGUCCUCCUCGCCCGAAAACCCUCGCGUGUAUGGGGAACGCAAUUUCCGCCGCCGUCGGCAUGGUAAGCUUUCUGAACCCAUGGCCAGGUGCGAGCGCCACGGUAGCAGUCCACAGCGGGGUCCGGAUCCGGGACCUGCAGCUCCUGGCUACGGCGGCGGGGGUUUUCAUCUCUGUGGGCUUCAUCUACCGCCACCUCCACCGUGGCGCCAGCAACCGGCGCCUGCCGGAGAUCGUGCCCUUCAUGUUAUGCGUCUGCGCUGGCGUUCUCCAUUUCCUCCUGUUCGUGGGGGCUUCAGCAGCUUCAGGUGGCGCGGACGUGGAUCACGGCGCUGAAGCCCGCGCGCUUGGUCUGGCUGCUCUCCGUGUCCUGCCCGCCGCGGCCACGGUGACCUUCUUUCUGGGCACCAUGCUGAUAUUCGCCGCGCGUAUCAGCGCCGGAGGAGAGGAGCCGGUCCAGGCUCCCGUGGGCCUCCGGCUCCUCAGCAGGAUGGCUUUGGCUGCUGCGGCAGCACUGGUCUGCAUGAUGGCCGUGGCCGUCUACGGGGCCUACUGUUAAUAAUGGAGUUGAUGAAAUAAUCUGGAAGAGGUGCUCGGUGGCCAACGUCUAGAUUCAUAAGAAUCUCUCUCCUGUCAUUUGCCAUCUACGAGGAGGUUUCUACUACACAUUAAAGUAAUGAAGUUUUGCAAUAUUAUUCAGGUGAAUGUUGUACUGCAUACGGCUGUGUGAUUGUCGAGUCAAGGCUGAUACUUCCAAGUUCCAACUUGUGAUUGCCUGUUAGUACGUGAUUGAAACUUGUGUGCGAUUCU